GGUCAGCGAUUCGGUUCCCAUCCAAUUCUAGCGUCAAAAUUUAUGUAUACAGAGAGAGCGCAGGCAAAGCUUCUUCUACCAUACGGCGCACGAUAGCAUCUUUUUAGCAAGAACAAUUACAAACGAUUUCAGAUCGAUCGUGUUCAAUUCAACGACUUGAGGAUGGUUUGUUUGGCUUGUUUGGUGCCUCUUUUCCUCGUCCCGAUUGUGAACUACUUGCCAAUACUGUUUUAUUUCAUCAUGGGAAAAGUUUAUGGGCUGUUUGGUUGGGAGUAUCGGAAGCCAGUGAUAGCACCCCCGGCAUGUCCCUACAAGCCUGUGGCCAACAAGAGCAAUAGUAAAGUGGGAGCAGAACCUGACCUGGGUGCAUCGGAGCCUGUUCGGAAAUCAGUGGGGGUAGUAGAUGACGGCAAGAUUGACUGAAGUCGUGGACUACUCUCCUUGCAUAAAUAUCAAAAUUGAAUGUUUUAUAGCUUUCUUGUGAGGUAAAAGAGGUUUCUUUAGUUGGUUGUGCCGAAAGACAAGUGAUGUUAUCAGAUUGUGUUUUUGAGCAAUCACUGCUUGUUGAGAGAUAAUGUUGGAUUAUAUGCAUUCUAAUCAUGUGAAACUAUAAAUUAGUUUAUUGUUUAUUUCUAUGUAAAUUUGAUGGGAAAA